GGGUGCACGUUGCGGCCAGAAGAAGACUGGCUAUCGUAUCGACAGCUUCGAUGGAGAAGGACUCUGCCGAGAAACUCGAGGCACCGGCCUCGGAUCCAUUGUCACCGACCUACCAUCGCCCCCAGCAGGUGGAGCGUCCUCGAGCAGUGCCGGAGCGCACGAAAUCGUCGACCGCGAAGGAAGGUACUCACCACGACGUCGCGGAAUCUACCACCAAUCGCUUGAGCAAUGACGUCGGCUUCCUGGAAGCAGCAGAGCAAGGAAGCACCGAAGCUGCGAAGGAUGUCACCGACAACACCUUCCACACUGACACUUCCUGCAGAGGCGGUGCACACCGGCGACAUAAGCCUAAGUCGGGAUACACCAGCUGGGGCAGUCGACACUCGCACCGAAGGCGGAGCAGAGAGGGAGGGUCGGUGAAGUCAGUUGAAUCUAAAGAACAACCUAUUUCGGUGGCUGUCACCAGCCCUGGAUCUUCCCUCAUCGAGUGCAACGACACCCUUCUCCGCAGUGAAACAAGCGGCGCUAUGAGACAAGACGUGUCGGAGACCAGUCGGAAGAAGCCAGCUAAGCCAUAUCAAGAAUGUGCAUCAUCACAUGCUGCUCCCUCCACACACGUGACACGUCCUCAAACGCCGGAACCGCUCUCCGCCCUCGGUAGCCGAGGCAGGAAUCUCUCGAAGAAGCGAGCCACCUCCACCUCCAUACUGAAGAAGCGAGAGAGGCCAAACAAGUCCGCACCAGCACCUGUUGCUCCUCCUGAGCCUACAGCGCUCACGCCCCGUUUCGGCCAAUCAGAGGACGGUAACCCCACGGUUCUCGACGUGUACGCAACUUCAACAUACGAGAACGCCAUGGGUCCGUCGACGGCGAGUCAAGCAGCGUGGUCUCCGUACACGCUCGGCCAAAUGUCACCGACGUCCGACCAAGGUUCACUGGCGUUCAGCCCCAUCAGGGGCGCUUCGCCUUUCGUUGUCCGAAGCCCCGUCGACACCCCACCUCAAAGCGUCCUUGCGCGGACCACCACUCGGAAACUGCCUUCGCCAGCGUCUCCAGGGCUGGCGGAAGGCCGUGCACCUUUGACGUCGUCGCAGAAGGCAUCAUCGACGUCGCCCGUGACCGCGCUGCCGCAGCAGUUCGAGAAUUCGCGCGAGUCGUACGCCUCGUCGACUCUCAUAACCAAGGGCCCGUCGCCGUUUUCAAUGACACCGUCCGGUCAUAAGCAGCCUGCGGGUGCACCCAUAUCGACAGGGUUAGACGUCAGCAGCGCCGCGAAUAUCCGUGCGACGCAGUCUCUUCACGGCGAGAUAGCAUCGCCGGUGGACGGCGGCAAGGUUCAGUCGCCUACAGCACACCUUUCAGGGGCUCGGAGCGGGAUGCUGUCUCAAGAGAGCAAGCUGGACCAUCCUUUCAAGUAUCUAACGAGGACAGAAAGCGUUGGGACGCGGCGUAGGACAACAUCCGUACAGUUCGGUGCCACUACUCUUUGGGAGAUCACUCAGGCUACCGCGUCUCGGCUGACGGGCAGGCCCGUCACGUGCGUCCUAUGCUGCGUCACGGCAAUCUUAUCGGCCACGAUAGUGGCCCUGACGCUGAUAUUCAUCACGCCCCGCAUCCGCACGGCGUACAUCGAAGAGUGCACGACUGCCGCCUGCAACAGAGCGACGUCUUCCCUCUGGGCUCUGAUGGAGGACAGCGUGGAUCCGUGUCAGGACUUUUACGGUCACGUGUGCCAUCGCUGGGACAACAACACGGGUGGUCGCCUGAGGUACCUCGACCACAGCGUGCAGAAGAUCGCGACUCGCGUUAACCAGAGCCUGCACGACGUGGACGAGUUCGCCGGCGCGUCCCACGAAAUACGCGGCCUGGCGCAGUUCUACAAGCUCUGCCUCAGAUUCGUCAGCUCCCCCGAUCGCUACAUUUCGCGAUCGCAGAUCAUGCAAUCCUUCGGCGCCGAAAAGCGCGAUCGGCUGCUGACGCUAACAAACUUCGGCGACAUUGUGGCGACACUCAUCGACCUGUCCCUUUCUCGAGGUUUGAACACGGUCUUCGGCGUGAAGCUCGUGCGGCGAGCUGGCGCGGCGCAAGUGAACGUGUUCCCGGGCAAGACUCUGGCCGACACGCUCAGCCCCAAUUCGGCAGAUGCGUGGCGCGGUUACUUAGACAAGCUCAUAGUUGAAGUUGCCGCAGCGUACCCGUCCCGAAAUUUUGACGUAGACAGCGUACAAAGGACAGACGACACUGUGAGGCAACUGCUGGAAUCUCCCGACGUCAAUGACAAUGCUCGGGAUCAGGUCGAGGCGGGUAGCCUGAACUUCCUGGGCGACACCACGAGCGCGAACACGUGGUUUGCAGCUGUCAACUCUCACCUGCCCUCCGACGAACACCUCAGCGGUAAAUCAAAAGUCUUGGUUACCAGUUACGGAAACGUGCGCAACGUGCUGCAGUUCCUAAGGAGCCUCGCCGACUACGGAGUGGCCUACCUCUACCUGCACUUGCUGCUCGAGGUGUUCCGCUUCGAUUACGUGCGCAGCCUACAAGAUCGCAGCCCAGUAGACCAAGUCAGGGAAUGUCUGCAGGCGAGCCAAGAAGCCAUGUGGUACACGAGGAACAUACUCACAACGAAUAUAUUCGGCGGCCACAGCAAAGGAACUGGCGAAAGAGCCCACAUUUUACGCCUUGUUGCCGAAGCGGCUUCCAGAGGGGUCACCCAGUGGCUGAAUUGGAUGGGAGAGGCGACGCAUCGCCAAGCGCACAAGACGUUUUCGACUGUGUCGCUUCACGUUCACGAAUGGCAUGCCUGGGACGCCACAGGCACCGCCAUCGGCGAGCGCGCAGAGGCGCUGGCGUCGGGCGCACGAACCGUCGACUUUCCAUCCGUCUACGUGCGCCUGAAGGAAGAGCAGAAUCGUGCCUUCCUCAACAACACCCGUGCUGAGAGCGACGCCGACGACACGCUGCACGUCUUGGACAGAGGCGUCCUAUAUGAUGCGGGAGCCAACCAAGCGAUAGUACCUCCUGCCCUGCGCGUUGAACCAGUGCUAUAUACGGAUGACGUUCCUUUCGCCUUUUCUGCCGGCACCCUCGGAACCCUCAUAGCCGCAGAGCUCUACCGCGCAGCUAUCCCACAUCCAGGAUCACCUAUGUGGAAUCUGCAGCAGCAAGCUGUCAUGGCCAAAUUUCAAGAUUGCGCAGAAAAGCUGGCUGUUGAUGCGCUCAACAUUUCGCUUGUGGCGUUAGGUGACGGGCGCCUUGACGGCCGGGGUCUUCCCUCGCAUAUCUUUUGGAUGCUUGCGGCAAGGACAGCCUACGAAACGCUGCGUUUAGCUACUUUUAGCUUCAAACGUGCAAGUAACUGGCCCAGUUAUUGGAAGAAAUGGCAGAGAACUUUCUUCAGGCGUUUCUGCCUCCUUUCUUGCGGCUCUGUUGAAGAAGACAGCGGGAGACCAGGUGUUACGUUAAAGGUUCUGUGCCUUCUGACCGUUGCCAGUAUGCCGGAGUUUUCGGAGGCCUUCGACUGCCGGAAUCAUAGCACGGCUCUUAAGUAUACUACUUGUAUAUUUAACUAAGAACUGCUAUGAUACUGAGAACAAUGCAUGUCAUUUUUCAUUAUUAUUCUUGAAGUUUAUACUUUGGCGACAAACUAAUGUACAUCUGUAUUUCUUUGUUGCUCUUAUACAGUACCCUAAUUUCUUUACAUUUUCAAAAUGAUCUCUAUGAAUGACGUGUAACGGGCGCUUGUUAUGCUACUCGCACUAAUUUUGUUGAGUGAAUGUGUAGUCCGAUCUCAUUGUUGAGUGACAGGUCCCGUGAAGGUGAUCAGAUUUCAACUGAAGACGUCGUUGUGCAGUUGUGUAAAAAGGAACUGUGAGCACAUGAAAAAAAAAAACGGUGCACUUGUUUGUUAAAAUUACGUUCGCAAGAGCAAGUCAUGUGUACCUGUUAUGCAUCGCUUAAUGUACUCUGCUAACUCGGUCUGCUUGAGACAUUCUUCGCCAUAUGCACAAAUCUGGGUCUCUAAAAUCGAUGUGAUGAUCGAUGCGAUUGAAAAGCAUUGCAGCGGAUAUCACGAGACAUGUUCAGGGUGUUCUUGGCUUGUGGUGUUACAUAGGGACGCAUGUUUUGAAUUUGUUGUGAUUAGUGUACCUCGUAGCCUGUUGGAUUACUGUUAUUUGUAACGCGGCGUGGGUACUGAAUGGACCGCGGCACAUCCAAGAACUCGUACCGAAUUUGGUAGUCGGCGUAACCACAAUGUACAGGAAAGGACUCGUUGCUUGAUGGGCUUCUAGGAAACUGAAAAUUGAGAAAGAAAGAAGAGCCGGCGUAGCUAUGUUUGCGCGUUCAGUGCCAAGCAUGCGACGACAAAAAAAAAAAAGACCUCUCGGCAGAAGCUGGGGAAGACACGAAUUGGCGACAACCGCCGGUAUAUCGUUCGUGUAGUGAAAGCUCCUUCGUCCUCUACAUUAGAGGCUGCACAUCGUUUUUCUGCGAUAAAUAUCUUUCGACAUAUUUGUACUCUUGUCACAAUAAUUGAGAGAGGUGUGCGCAUAAGAGUCAGCAUGCUUGUAAUGAAGCCUUUAUUUGCUUACCCGCUGUCAUUCCUUUACGAGGUAUGGUGCACCGGAGGACCUUUUCUUGCAAAAGGAGCAGAGUUGCGCUUUUCCUUUCAAUGCGUUGUUAGCGCUUGUGUAAGCUGAAUUACAUGGUUUAAAAAGUAACAACGCACUGUGGCGAAGCCGCAAUUGAAACUCGGCUAAGCAACGCGUUGGCGCUGGCCGCGCCACGACCACGCCUCAUAACACAUCGCUAGCUAACAAGUGUUCGGACAACUGCUCCAACAAUUAGCCCAAUUUCCAUAUAUUUUUUUGUCACAUUCCAAGUUUUUUUUUCUUACUGGUUUCAUUGGUAUGCAACUUUUUGUGGCAAUGAACGUAAAUCUUCGGAGGCAAAGCGCGUACAAGUGUGCUCCUGGAAAAGGUGCACAUUCAGAUUCGCUUUAUUUUGACCAUUUACUCAUGCCUUUUGCCUACAAGCAACAUAACAGAAUUUCUUUUUUCUUGCGGAGUUUUAGUAUUGCGCACAACAUUUCUGGCUAAAUGCUUUCAGCCAACACUGAAUGACAUGCAGCAAGCGUCAUUUGUUGCUUUAGAGGUGGAACACAGGAUGAGGAGAAAUAUAUUCGGAAAGCGACUUAAUUUGUUUUGAAAGCGCGUGCAGAACAGAGACCGGUGCCACAUCUACGGCCUCAGAGGUCUCACACACGGGAUGUAAACGAAAUUAAAUGCAUACCAUGAGUCACAUAUGACGAAACAUGCUUGUACAGAUUCCAAACGAAGUGUUAGAUCUGUGCCUGGUGUUUCCCCAUAUUGCUACAAAAGUUUCCUCUAAAUGUUUAUUAUUUUUACUGUUAUUACUAUUAUUAUUACCCACCGUGGUUCCUCAGUGGCUAUCUUGUUGGGCUGCUGAGCACGAGGUCGCGGGAUCGAAUCUCGGCCACGGCGGCUCCAUUUCAAUGCGGGCGAAAUGCGAAAACACCCGUGUGCUUAGAUUAAGGUGCACGUUAAGGAAACCCCGGUGGUCGAAAUUUUCGGAGACCUCCACUACAACGUGCCUCAUAAUCAGAAAGUGGUUUUGACACGUAAAACCCUAUAAUUUUGUUGUUGUUGUUGUUGUUGUUAUUAUUAUUAUUAUUAUUAUUAUUAUUAUUAUUAUUAUUUGAAUAUGAUUAUUCUCUGUGUUUUGCAUCGCGGACGCUGAUGAGCUUACCCGAGUCUUUUACUUCGAUGACGGCUUGUUACAUCAAACUGCUGCCUCUUAGAAAAAAAAAACCUCGGCAGCGAGGGAGCCGCGGGUCAUCACAUCGUCAAAUGGUUUCCAGCCCACAUGGGGGCCGACGUGCACCCCGACUUUCCCAACGCCAACGAGCUGGCGCUCGGACGCGCGCGAGGACUCACGCACCGCGGCGAUCGUGGCGAGCGAAGUGGCGGGGAGGGAGGGGAGCACCGAGACCCGCUGCUCAGCUUCAACGAAAUAACAACGCACUAUCAGCUGUCGAGGAGAACCUUCCCGCUGCCCCACGCUAAACUCACUAGACCACAGUCAUCGAUAUUCAGAAUGCUUCAGACAGAGUCGUUCCCCUCGAGAGGCAGACUGAGCCGUUAUUCACCAGAAGCAGAGCCGCAAUGUCCGGAUUGUGGCGCAUCGUACUGCUCGCUAGCGCACGUGCUCUGGCAAUGCUCCGCGUUAAGCGGCACCGUGUUCACUAAAGAAGAAGACUGGGUGGACGCCCUGCGAAGCGACGACCACCAGACCCAGCCCCGGGCCGUCCAGAGGGCUCACGAAAGGGUGGAGGCUCACGGGCUUCCCGUCCCAACGUGGGUGCGGCACGCGACCACUGUCGACCGCUAAACCAAGAACGGGUGGGGAGGGGUUCCUCAGGACCCAAUAAAGUUAUUUCCUCCUCCUUUCUACACUAAUAGCCUGACUACAGUCUCGUCCAGAAUCGACUUCGUUGGUAGCGGUGGUGUUGCCUGAUGGUGCAGCGCUGUGACUAGAUGAUGACAGUCCUGUACUUCUGUAUCCUUGAUAACGCAGUGUUUUCCUGCUCGGAUCGCUUGUACCUGAACGCCAACUUGAAGGUCCCCGAGAGGUGGUACAGAAGGGCGCGCGCCAUAAAUUCCGAGUCGAGCAGACCACACUUUAGCCUUCUUAAGCUUCGAUCCUCCUGGAAAAGCUGUUUUAUUUCGUUCAAUCGUUGCGGACUACGACGCAAGCUCGGCUUUUAAAACCUCAGUGAGAAAUUUCUGUAACUGUCAUCUUCACCAUCAUCAUUAUCAGCCUAUUUUUAU